UUUCUUGGCUUCCAAAUAAUAUAAGCCAGUUUUUCUUUCUCCUUAUUUCACCCCCGAGUUCUGUCUACCGGAAACGAAACAAGAAGCAAAAGCCAAAUUUUCAGCUCCGGUGAUUGAAAACUCUGAUUAACUUAUAAAGGGAGGAAGAAGCUUAUUGUAAAGAAAAAACGAUAUGGUUCCUUUAUUUUUAUCUGAGCCAAACUGGGAUGAUGAAGCUGGAGAUAAUGAAGCUACCCAUCUGAUAAUUUCGCUUUUAAAUCAAUUGGGUUCAGUUAUUUGGUCGCUGAUGAUCUCUGGAGGUCGUUCUGAGGCUCGGCUAUGGCUUUGCAAUGCCGUUUCUAGCCUAACCUCCAUCUCUCCUCACCAACAGAGAGAGAUUUUUAUGAAGUUGUUAACAUCCACGCCAACAAGGAGGGGUUUAGCAUCUCAACUCUUGCAAAUGGUUUUUGAGAAGAGGCCAAGAAAAGCUGGUUCUAUCUUGGCCAACAAAAGUUACUUGCUUGAAAAGUUUUUCCAAGGGAACCCAAAGCGAAUAAUACAAUGGUUCUCUAAUUUUGGAGAUGGUGGUGAAUUGGAGCACAGAAAAGGUGCAAAGGCAUUGUCUCAAUUUGCCUUUGUAAAUAGGGAUAUAUGUUGGGAGGAGCUUGAGUGGAAGGGAAAGCAUGGGCAAUCACCUGCAAUGGUUGCCACAAAGCCUUAUUAUUUUCUGGACUUAGAAGUCCAACGAACAGUGGAAAAUUUCCUUGAAAAUGUGCCUGAAUUUUGGUCAUCCAGUGAGUUUGCUGAAUCACUAAAAGAUGGUGAAAUUCUAUUCAUGGAUACAAAGUUCUUUGUGGAACUUUUUAUUGAUUUGAUGUAUAAGGAGGAUUUAAGAGCUCUAUGGGACACCAUAAGUGAGUUUCUUAAGGAGGAAUCAUUCUCAUCAUUGUGUCACCACCUUCUUAUCUCUCUUGAGGAGGGUGAAUUCUGCAUCUUUCUGGAAUUGCUUCGUAGAUAUAUCAAUCCAAGGAUGGAACCUAAGGAUUUUGGUAAUCCAUCUUGUGUCCUGGAGUUUAUACUUUACAAGUAUGGUGAUUCGGAAUCUUUUGAUAAGCUACUUCUGUUAAAUGCUAUUAUCAAUCAAAGGAGACAGCUUCUUCGGCUUGUACAUGAUGAAGAGUAUCAGGAUAAACAAAAGCAAGUCAAAAAUAUUGUAUCUCAGAUGUACAAAACCUCAACUAAUGCUUAUAGUUUGGCUUCAAUUCUGAAAGAGUGUGUCAAAACAAAAACCAGGGAAGCAAUAAAAUUGUUGGGGCUUUAUUCUUGGGUUAUCUACUACAGAUUGUCUGAGGAAUGCCAGACGCUGGGAACCUGGGAAUCUUUAUUUCUGAGUAAUGGGAUAAGGUUCCGCAAAUCUGAUAAAUAUUCUUUGCUUUGUUAUGAAGGCUCCUUAGAAGAAAAUGAGUCUGAAGCAGUUGAUAGAGCAUCAAUUAGGCGUAGGAAGAAAAAGAAAAGCAGAAAGAAGAGAAGAAGGGAUUUUGAUGAUGAUGAUAGCUAUGACAAUGGAUUUCUGGAUUUUGAUACUUCAGAUAGCAGGUUGGGUUUGCAAUCUGGUGGUGGAAGUUGGUUGCUAUCUAUUGAUGAAUUUUCUACACCAUGGACUAAUGUAGAUUUACCUGAGCACCUUUCAAAUCACUGCUUGUCUACAUGGAUGAAGUGGCUUGUUUCCAAAUGGAGUAACGUCGCUUAUGCUUGAUGGUUAACAAGUAUGUUUAUUUGGAGGUGAAACUUCAGCCAACGGCCAUUUUUUUGUGCUUUCAACUGAUAAAGGAUGUGUACAAUGGCUGGUUUGAUAUCAUGUGAUACAAGCUCACUGUAGGGUUUAGUUAUUGCCAAUUUGUCUUGAAAGGAUAGCAAGUUAACAGAAAUAAGAUUGGAGAAGCUGAAAUUUGAAGAAUGGAUGAUCUCUUACGGGAGCUUUUUGAAGUACUUGGCUUGAGCUGUGAAGAUCUGGGAUCUUUAGUGAAUUUCAAUGUCCACCACUGCCCUUUAACCCUUAUUGUGGCAAGACGGAAAGGUCAAUUGAGCUUUCAAGUUUCAAAAGCCAAGAAAUAAAGGCAAUCUGGACAAAUUUGAGUUUUCUCAGCUUGAUCUGGAGAGCUCUUCGUGUCAGCGUCAGCAAAUGCCUACCGUCAUUCUUCUAAAGCUUAUAAUGCUGGAUGAAAAUGAAGCACCCAGAAAAAGGCAAAUCUCCCUUUCUGAUCUGUAGCUUUGCAUUGGAUAUCCAUGCUUUGAUUAAUGUUGUCUUAUAUUAGAUGUAUCACUUUGCUUAUAGGAAGCUGAUUAACUAAGUCCUGCAAAAAUAGUUUGCUGAA